AUGUCAGAGCGGAAGCGCCUGCAGCAGCUCUUGAAUGCCGAAGAACUCGGUGACCGACGACCUUCGCAGCUACUUCGCGCCAUGCAGGCUCUCCUGGCGGAUCGCUCAGCCUCUUUCGACGAAGCACUGCUUCGCGAGCUAUUUUUGCAACGGCUACCCCGAACCGUACAGAUGGUUCUCACUACAGCCGCCAGCUUGCCACUUUGUGACUUGGCCGGCCUUGCCGACAAGGUCAUGGAGGUUGCUUCCCCUGCAGCAAGCAUAAGCGCCGUCGGCCAUAACCACCCUACUUCCUCUUCAGGCCUUCUGCAGCAGGGCACGGUGCCGCCGCUUUUACCUGCCGCCUUUGCGAGUACGAGCGACAUGGCUGCCGUGAGAGCGGAUAUCCAACGCCUCUCCGAGACUGUCGCUGCCCUGCGCUACCCCGAUAGCCGUCGCCGGUCUCCCAGAAGAUCCAGCCGCUCCCGUCGUUUCCGCCACUCUCCGCGAAGACAAGACGGCCGAAGCCAGUCUCCGUUCGACGACUCCAACCCACCACCUUGUUGGUACCAUGGGGGCUUCGGCGACGCCGCUCAGCGAUGUACGCGCCCUUGCGGCUGGCCGGGAAACUCACCCGGGAACCGUUGA